AUGUUCGCUCCAAGAUUUGACUCAAAUAAAUUGAAAACAAACUUGCGCAUUAGUGGCACUCGCCUAAAAAAUCUGUACAAAAAAAAGAAUGAAUUGAAUGUCCGUGCCCGCCGAGAACUUGCUGAAUACUUGAAAGCUAAGAAAAUCGACCGUGCUCGGAUCCGUGUUGAGCAGAUUGUUGAGAUUGCUCGUAGUUAUGACGUGGAAUUUACGCCCGAUGAGAAUUUGCUCAACAACACCUCUUUUGGUGGUAAGCUUGUGGACUUGGGGGAGCCUCCUUCACUCCCCCCUUAUGACCUCAUGUCAAGCGACUUCCUUGACGCUGAGAAAACACCUUCUGGUCCAGGUGCCCCUUACCCAGUAAAUACCGGUGCAAGUGCUCCGUCGGCAAUGGAUCUUCCAUCGAUUCCCGGCGAAAGUGGUCAACAAUUCCAUGACUUCAAAGGACCUGAAGCACCACCACCUUAUCAGCAUCCCGAUGAUGCCUCUGGAACUAAACUUGAUGACGAAGAUGAGAAAAAAGCUUCCGGCGGAAGUGGGCCUUUGCCGCCCCCAACAACAGAUGAUGACGAUUUCGAUGCCCUCUCUGCGCGAUUCAAUAACCUCCGUAAAGAUAAAUAA